AUGUUGGCCACCACCAUAAAGAAUCUUCCUGUCAUGCCGGCCACCACCACACCACCCUCCUGGGUCAUGCCGGCCACCACCACAGCACCUCCUGUCAUGCCGGCCACCACCACAGCACCUUGCGCCGCGUUGGCCACCAACAGAAAAUCUCCACGGCCACCACUACGGCAGUUCCCCAAUAUGCCGGCCACCACUACGGCACCUCCUGUCAUGCCGGCCACCACUACAGCACCUCUCAUGCUCAUGCCGGCCACCACACCACAGCACUCUUGCCGCGCUGGCCACUACCACAGGCACCUCCGUGUCAUGCUGGCCACCACCACAGCAUCUUCCCGUCAUGCCGCCACCACUACAGCAACUCCUGUCAUGUUGGCCACCACUACAGCAGUUUCCCAAUAUGCCGGGCGAUAG